CGAAACUGCUGGUCUACACUCAAGAGCAAUCGCAAUGACUCAGCAACAGAGACAGAAGUUCGCGCUGAUUACAGGAUGUACGCCAGGAGGGAUUGGCCACUUCCUCGCGCUGGAAUUUGCUGAGAAGGGAUUCCAGGUGCUGGGCACUGUCCGUGACCCCUCGAAGUACUCUUCGCCGCACGAGAACAUCACUUUCCUUCCCCUGGAGCUCACGAGCAUCGACUCGAUACGAGAGCUUCGCAAGCGCGUCAUCGAAAUCACGAACGGCAAGCUCGAUAUCCUCUACAACAAUGCUGGACGGAACUACGUGGUGCCAGCACUCGACUACGACACCGAUGAGCUGCACGAGCUUUUCGAGGCGAACGUCUUCGCUGUGAUGCACAUGUGCAGGGAGUUCACGCCGCUCCUCAUCGAGGCGAAGGGUACCAUUGUGCAAACGGGCUCAGUCGCAGGCAUUCUGCCAUACGUCUGGGGUGCACCAUACAACGCUUCGAAGGCCGCCCUGCACUCAUACACGAACACUCUGCGCGUCGAGCUUGCACCCCUCGGCGUACGCGUUGUGAAUGUGAUCACUGGUGGCGUCACGUCGAACAUCGCACGAACACAUCGGCAGCUACCGCCAGGCUCUUACAUGCAACCGCUUGCGCCUGAAUAUGAGCGCAGACUGACACACAGCCAGCAGCUCGGCAUGGACACCAAGCAGUAUGCUAGGAGCUGUGUAAGGCAGGUGCUGCGUGGAGAUGGCUGGCUUGGUCGGCAGCGAGAGAUUUGGGAGGGCAAGAUGAGCUGGAUCGUAUGGUUUGGCUGGAAGUGGAUGCCAACGAAGAUCUUCGACUGGUACUUCACCUAUGUCUUCAAGCUUGGGAAGCUGAGGGGGACCGUGGGACCCAACAAAAAGACGUUGUAAACCAGACUACGCGAACCAAGAUAGCCAGUAAUUGAAAGCAUGCUGAAAUAGAAGGCGAUCAGUCGAUGGGUGCGACUGAAGAACGGCUG